CUGUUCAGCUCUCACAGACCUCUCUCUCUCCUCUCUCUCAGACUCACAGACAUGGCUGCGCCGCUGCAGUACCUGGAGACGCUGCGCACCGCGCACCCGGAGCUCGGCGAGUGGUACGCCUCGCUGGCAGAUCUGUACCAGCGGAAGCUCUGGCACCAGCUCACCGCCAAGCUCGAGCAGUUCGUCGCCCUCACCGUCUUUCAGGCUGGUGAUGCUCUCAUACAGUUAUAUCACAAUUUCAUCACCGACUUUGAGACUAAAAUCAAUCUUCUCAAGCUUGCACAUUUUGCUGUCAUCGUUUCUAGGCAGUAUUCAGAGAAAGAAGCUGCCAUUAGUUAUCUUGAAGGGGUGAUUGAGAAGCUUCGAGCUACUAGAGAGCAGCGUAUUGAAGAGCCAGUCCUCUACAUCAAGAUGCAAAUAGCCAUAUUUAAACUUGAGCAAGGGGACCAAAAAGAGUGCAAGAAGCUUCUAGAAGAUGGAAAGAGUACCCUUGACAGCAUGACCGACAUUGAUCCAUCAGUGUAUGCUAACUAUUACUGGGUCUCAUCUCAGUUCCAUAAAUUUCGUCAAGAAUUUGCUGAGUUCUAUAAAAGUGCUCUUCUUUAUCUGGCGUAUACGUCCGUGGAGUCUCUCUCAGAAUCAUUUAAGCUGGAUCUGGCGUUUGAUUUGUCCCUUUCUGCACUACUGGGAGAUAACAUUUACAACUUUGGAGAAUUGCUUGCCCAUCCUAUUAUUAAGAGUCUUUUAGGGACAAAGGUUGAGUGGCUCUACUAUAUUCUUCAGGCAUUCAACUCUGGUGAUUUAGUUCGUUAUCAGGAACUAUGUCAGGUGCACAAUGCUGCUCUGAGGGCUCAACCAGCAUUAGUUGAGAAUGAGAAAAAGCUGGUGGAAAAGAUAAAUAUUCUCUGCUUGAUGGAAAUUAUUUUCAGCCGGUCAUCUGAUGAUCGAACUAUACCUUUGAGUAUCAUUGCAGAGCGCACAAAACUUUCUAUCGAGGAGGUGGAGCAUCUUCUUAUGAAGAGCCUUUCUGUUCAUCUGAUUGAGGGCAUAAUUGAUCAAGUUGAGGGAACAGUGCAUGUAUCCUGGGUGCAGCCAAGAGUAUUGGGGAUUCCACAAAUCACAUCUUUGCGCGAUCGUCUGGACAAUUGGUUGAAAAAAGUGAACACUGCCUUGAAAUCCAUCGAGGCAGAAACACCUGAUCUUGUUGCAUCCUGAUUUUUUCCCCCCCUUUGAUUUGCUUCUGCCCAUUGUAACAAUUCAUUAACAGAAAAGGGAAAAAAAUUGGAAAGGCGACAAAAAAAAAAAAAAAAAAAUUUAAAAGAGACUCGUCUUUUAAGUCACAUGGGCAGUAUGGCCAGCUGUAUGCUUCCUUUCUUAUUGCCUAUUUUUGUUGAAUCCUCUUCCUGAAAGGAGCAGCCUCUUGUGCUUCAUGAAGUCAUCGGUUCCAUAGUGCCAUCCCAAGAGACAAAUGAAAAACGGCUGUUUUACGCUUUAGAGUGGUUUAUUAGACUAUGUAUUUGAAAUUUUUCUUAGACACAAUCAGAUGUGAUUCUCUUUAUGUUGUUAGAGUGCAUUUCCUUUCGUGAUUAUCA